GGUGCAUCAUAUGUUAAAGUGUUUUGUGCAAAGAAUACACUUUGGGAUGCACUGAAUGCUUGUGCAUCUCAAAAAGGACAGUCUGCCAGUGAUGGGGUGUUUGAUGUGGGGUAGCCUAAAGCUUCUUUUGGGGAUGCAGUGAGAUGAAAACUUAGUUCUUUUUCAGGCUGCUCAUGCAGCUCUUUCUCUGUGAUGAAUAAGGAACUGAGAACUGACUUCCGCAUGGUGGUCAGGAGACAGGGCAUCUAAGGAAGUGUAACAAAGUAUACAGUAGACAGAAAAGCAAGAAUCUGGGGGAACAACUGGUGACAGAGAAAUGAGUUGAAAAAUGGUAGAGCUGUGGAGAAAGUAGGGCUGAGCUGAAUUAGAAAGUGAAACAAGGGUUGUUUACUUUUGACAAGGGUCAAUAAACAAGGUCAGCAAAUCAUGCUUCACAUAUUGUUUUGAAUUAACCAGGCAGUUCAGUGGCUGAAGACUUCCAGUUAACUGAAUGCAUGCACAUAAUUGUUUCAAGAGAAGAACAAUUUAUCAUGGGUAAGGUUUUUCCCCCUCUCCUUUUCCCUUUCUGUUUCUGCCUGACUGCAACAUUGCCAGUAAACUAUUAGAAUUCUUUGCAAUAUAAUUUCCCCCAAUAACUUCCUGGAUUUUAUCUUCUUGAAUUUUAUGUAAUCCUGUGAAAUUCUUUCAUUUUUGUAUUCAGGGAGAUUUUUUUAAAAAAACCAAAUUAAAAAGCAUGAUCCAGCCAAAGUUAAGUAGUUUUAAGACUUCAGUGCUAUGCAUGUGUAUUUAGAAGAAAACCCCUUUGAAUUCAGUGAGACUUACUUCUAAUGAAACAUGCAUAAGAUUGCACUGGAGCCACAGUUUUCUCAGCUACAGGGGGUUUUGUGAGCGCAUUCCAGAGAGUAAAAUGACCCCAUGCAUGCUUGCUUUGGAACAAAUCCUAUCAAACAUUGCUUUUCUGGUAUUCAUAAGAACAGCCGUAAACUGGAACAUCUGCCCACUUUACUCUUUGCAUUGACAUCCUUGAAAAUUCCCUGUAAUUGUGGAAAAAAUGGUGGUUCUGUUAUAUUAACCAUACAGGAAAGGAAGUAUUGCUAUCUUUCCUGCUAUAGACACAUCUAAAAUACUAGAAGCCAGAACAACCUGAGGAGUCGUAAGACUAUGGCUGUACCACAGAAGACUUCAGGUUGGCUGUGGGAUCGGAUGGGAUGGGAUGGGAUUAGAUGAAAUGAGAUGAGAUGAGAUGCUUUGUGUUAUAUUAAGAGUGUGUGUGUGUGUGUGUGUGUGUGUGUGUGAGAGAGAGAGAGAGAGAGAGAGAGAGAGAGGGCAGAGUGGUGGUAUGUAUAAUAUGUUAUAAGAGAAGCACAUAGGCUGACAUUCUGGCCACAUUUUCUAGAGCACGUUCUAUGGAAUUUAGUAGUCCUUUAGAGUAUCUCCUGAGUAGUACUUUUGAGUAAUUUAGUCUGGACAUCAGACACUUGCUUUCUGAAUAGAGUUUCCAGGUGCUAACUCGGGAACGUUGUCUAUCACUUAAAAACCUCUGAGGCAAUAGAGAAGAGAAGGAUGUGUGAAGGGAUAUGUCCUAUUCCGGGCUCUUAAAUAACAGACAACAUGCCAUAGCUAUGACUAUGAAGGAGGGACAAGUCCCUAGGCCCCUGUGGGAUGUGGGGGGGGGGCAUUGACUGGGUGACAGCUUGCUUGACACUUUCCUCUUCCCACUUAGAACAUAAGAACAGCUGUGCUGGAUCAGGCCCAAGAAGGCCCAUCAAGUCCAGCAUCCUGUUUCACACAGUGGCCCACCAGAUGCCUCUGGGGAGACCACAGGCAGGAGUUGAGGGCUUCUUCUGACACACUGGCACACUGUCAGCUUCUGAUCAGACAACUCAUCUUGGCAUCAAAAAAGACAAGUCCUCUCCAGGAGAUAUAAAUAUAAGUAUAUAUGAAUUAUUUAUUUAUUUUUUAAAUUCAGAGUCAGGGAAUGUACACGUGCAAGUGUGUGUGUAAAAGUGUUUGCAUGCAUGGGGAUGUGUGGUACAGUUUGCACAAGAGUGGGAGAAUAGGCUUGCUGAGAAUGCUUUUCACCAUGUUUUUAAGUGACUUCUGCAGGAAAGACUUGUGGGCCAUUGUAGGAAGGAUGACAGCAGCCCCAGGACAGGAUGUGAGCGUGGGCACUGUGCCCUUCAUACUGCCAGGUGCAUGCCACUGCUGGGUGCAUUGCCCCCAUGUGACCACACCCUUCUACCUGUGUCUGCACACCGAUAGCUGGUGUCCGGUGUGUCUUGCUGGCACCAGACACAGACUUGUAGGCAGCCUGUUCCACUAGAGAGCAUGCACUUCACUGGCUUGUCUGGGUGCUUCUUUCCUCUCCCUUGCUCGCCAACUGGCUGGCCUGCAUAUUUGUGCCUGGUGCCAGCAAUGCCCACUACGUCAGCAUGCUGACGCAGGCAGAAGGAGCAUGGUCGGUGUAGGAUAGUGCACCAAACAGCAGCAUGUGGCAGCGGCCACAGUGGCAGGGAGUGUACUGUGGGGGAAGGGAUACCCUGGUGUCCCCUGGAUACCUGUGGCCUAGGGACAUUCCUGCCCCCAUGACCAAUGGUGGCUACACAACUGCCUGGAGGAGUUGCGGGGGGCGGGGGGUCCAUCUUCACUCCAGCCUUACUACACCUGACAAGCAGUCUUUCUGCACCUGGGUCAAAAUGAAUAACCCACAGAAUCUUGCUUAAUGUACCUCAUUCUGUCUUACUCCAUUCAUGUUUAUACUCUACCUCCAAAAGGCGGGAGGGGGAGUGCACUGCUGUGCUAUUCAGAUCAAGGGAAGAGGACUAGCCCAGCUGUGUUAAUGACUGCUGUCGCCCCAGUGCCUGGGCCAGGGUUGAGCCUAUGCAUGCUGCACAGGGAUACGCACUGAGAUGUGUAGGACUGAACCACAUAUGGCAUAAUAUUAGGAAACUAUUAAAGGCCUCUAAGGCCGUGUGAAUUUCCUCAGCCUUUGCAAUAGAGUACAGUCCCCAUGUAGGUAAGGGAACUGUAUGUGCUGGUUGUGCUAAACCCUUUCUGAGUCAGCCAAAGUCACUACACAGCUUUCCUAUUGUAAGCAGUUUCAUUAUUUACAUGUGGGAAUGGCUUUGUUUCCACUCUACCUAAUGAAGAGUUCUUGUUUUUUGAACACUUGCCUAUUAGGGAACAAUGAACUGUUCACAUGGUUUGUGAAGAGCUGUUGUGUCAACUGGGAAGUGCCUUCUUGUCCCCAAAGUCCUUGGACUUCCUUCUUGAGGCAAGCCCUGAAUAUGCCACAAUCUGCUCCAAAGCAUGUUACUUAAUCUGGAACUGAGGGGAACGGAAGUGCUCUCCGCUCUCAUCAUAAAUCCUUUGGCUUUGGCUACCAGUGCAUUCUGAGCAGGACAGAAAAGGUGGCUUGCAACUCUUCCAGAGGCCUGAUCUGCUGCUGAAUUCUGGUGUAGCUGCUCUUUGGGGCGCCUUGUCAGAUUAUCAGCAUCAUGGAAACUCUUCUGUUUGUAUAUUUGUUAGUAUCUCAGUUUCAUUUCCUGAACGCUUUAUUCACAGUUGAAGCUUACAACCCAUUGUAUGUGGCAGAAUAUGGGAACAAUGUUACAAUGGAAUGCAGGUUUCCAGUAGAAGGCCAGUUAAAGCUUGAGCAAUUGAGCAUCAUUUGGGAGAAAAAAGAAGAACCAAGCAAAAAAGUCUACAAACUGCACAAAGGGAAAGAAGAUUUAAAAACCCAGCACAGCAUUUUCAGGAACAGAGUGGCUUUGUUUAAAGAUAAACUGAGCUUGGGACAUGUUGUGCUUCAGGUCACCAAAGUGACCUUCACUGAUGCAGGGAUUUAUCUAUGCAUUGUUGAUUACGAGGGAGCUGACUACAAAGAUCUACUUUUGGAUGUAAUAGUUCCUUAUAGAAACAUUCGUUCAACAAUUAUACCUAUCCAUGCAAUCGAUGGGCCCAAAGAAUGGGAGCUCACAUGCCAAUCUGAAGGUUAUCCAGUGGCAGAGGUUUUCUGGAACACUAAGGAUCGUCCAGUCUUGCUUAACAAAGCAAACACAACAUACAAGAGAGGACCAAAUCAACUGUACCAUGUAACCAGUAUGCUGAGAGUCAACAUAAAUGUGACGGGCACCUUUUACUGCAUAUUUUGGAAUAAAGUAUAUCAAGAGAACACAACUGCUACCUUAAAUGUAACAGGUCCACCUCAACAUAUUCAGAGGAUGAACAGAAGGUUGCAUUUUGGAACAGUUGCAGUUGUAUGUGCAAUCCUUGGAUCACUUCUCCUCUUUGCCUUCUGGUCAAAAAUAAUGGACAGAUCCCGGAGACUUGGAUGUAACUUGCAAAUAACUUCAGAGAAAAGCAACGGAAGGAAUUAUAUUACAGUGUGUUCAUAAUAGGGAUGAACACUACUGUAUUUGUAUAUGAACACUACUGUAUUUGUAUAUACUUAAGGCAAUUUGCCUUAAAGUUUAAGGCAAUUUGCUAAGGCAUACCCCUGCCUAAUCCCAUGCGAGGCAGCUCCUGCUAGAGUUUGGAGAGCUGCUGGAUAGGAUAGCAACAGGGAUGGGCAGAGGAAAGAAAAUGGUGGCAGCCAGCUGGCAGGCCUGGGAGUUAACAGCGCUGGGUGGCAGGCAGGCGGGGAGGAAACUACAGUGGUGGCAGCAGGCAGAGGAAGGGAGGAAACGGUGGCAGAGGCAGACAGCUGGGCGGGAAAAUGAUGGCGCCGGUGGGUGCUGGCAGGUGGGAGAGGGGAGAAGGUGGGGCAGUUGGGUGAAAACGGUGGUGGCGGUGGGGAGGAUGGAAAUGGUGGCAGGGGCAGGCGGACGGGCAGGGAGAACUAGAGGCACAGAUGCUCUGCACCCGGCCCAACUAGUAUAUAUUUAUUGUGUUUCUACUUGUCUUCUUCAUCAGUGUUCUGCAUUCAGUACCUUUCAAAAGGGAAACUCAAAAAAACCUCUCGCCUGCUUUUAAAGAAAGGAUUUUGCAUUCCUAGCAACUGAAUUCAUUCCACUUGCUGUAAUCAGCCCACCCUUCAUUUUUCUUCUCCACCCCUGAAAUCAACAGAACUGCACUCCAGAUUUUUCACAUUAAAGCUCCUGGAGACUCUGAACUUAAUUAACUCUCUGGUUUUUUGUUUUUUAAAAAUGUAUUGAAAACAUUUGUAAUUGUUGGGAGGACUUUUAUUUAGGCUGUAUUCUCAACAAUGGCAGUGAUGCUGGUUAAAGAGUUAACAGACUGCUGAGCCACGGAGAGCUGGUUGUGAGAAUGCAGAUUUCAGAAUCUGGAUGUUGUAGAAUUUGGAUGUGCAGAAUCUGGAUUAUUCGUUAGCGGCUCCAGCAGAGCAGACCAUGUUAGCCAUUGGCCUGCACAUCCAAUGGCCAUGGAAUCCUGACAGGCUUCGCUUCACUCAUUGCACUGCCCUCACCCUGGAAAGGAUUCAACAUGUCACUACACACACUUCCAUUAUGCCCAAGGCUAGAGUGGGCAGCUGAAGCAGCUCCAACCACACUCGGCAAUCUACAGGGAGCUUUGGAACUAAUCUGCAAGCCCAGGGAGGCAAGGGAGUGCUCUGAGUGAGCAGCCAGCACUGUAACCCCUUCCCUGCCACAGGGCACUUGGCUAGCUCGCAACCCAGUUGACCUGAGCUUCACCCCAUGUUGUGAACCAAGCCUGGUUUGUGAACCAAGCUUGUUGUGAACCAAGCCUGGAUCUGCUCUGGCGCUAGCAUAGGAAAUUAGGCUUGUUUCACCAGCGUCACAAAGUGACCAGUUCUUUAUACGGUGACCCCAUGUAUAUUCUGGGCUCAAAGGUAGAAAGAAGACCAAACACUCUCACAUAAUUCAACGGGCUUUAUAGAGUAUGAAAGAUUGUCAGAGCAACGGCAUCAAUCUAACUGAGCAGGAAACAAAAACAAUCAAUCAUCGUUACUAGUAACAACAAAGCAGUGUUCCUAACUAUCAUAUGUGUGUGGAUGCAUGUGUGUCAAACUUUUUAUUGGUUGUUUUUAUUCUUUUGUAAACCGCCCAGAGAACUUGUAUUUUGGGUGGUAUAAAAAUAUGUUAAAAUAAAUAAAUAACUAAAUAAAUGUCUGCCGUCCCAGCCCUCUUCUCUCCCAUGUGUUGUUCUAAAGCUAGGAAUCUACAACUUUUACACAUGUCUAUCAGUCUCUCUCUGUGUCUCUGUUCCUAUGUGUCUCUCUGUGUACAAGCAGGGACUGUGCAAAAUGGAUGCACAUACAGGUUACACAUACAUAAGCUCUGUACACAGAUUUGGAUGAAUACAAGACUGGAACCAGUGGGGGUAAUU